AUGGCCACCUUUAACCUAACCAUUCCCCUCUCUGUUGACUUCAAGAGUCCUGAAGAUUACUUGAUUUUCAUUUUCCAUAUCCUGUUUGCUACAGCUUCGGCUCUCCUGGCAGGGUCAGUGGUCAUCGGCAUCAUGAGCACCAAAGCCCUGCGCUCCCAAAACCGCUUCAUCUUCAUGUUAAACACCAGCAUCAGUGACACUUUAACCGGAUGCUCUGUCUUCUACCUCGGCCUGUUUGACGUCCAAGAGGGCUAUCCGUCCCGAAACGGCACUUAUUAUAUUUUACCAUCAUUUCUAGGGGUGAACGUGCUGACAUUUGUGUUUGCGCAGUUCGAUAGAUACCUGGCUGUCUGUCACCCAUUCUUCUACAGCCGGUACAUUACGCGCGCGUCCGUGAUCUGCGUCUGCGCGUUCUGCUGGAUUUAUACAUAUUUAAUUGUCACUGUUCAGAGUGUCAUCCCUGUUGCGUUUGCCGCUCAAAUGAACGCGUAUGGGGUCAUAGUCCUGCAGGUGAUCGUGGCAGUCAAAGUUUUAAUGACCAUCAAAUUAUACAUGAUCGCGAGGAAUCAGCUCAGACGCGAGGCGCCAAGCAGCGACAAAGACAGCAAGAAAGAGUCGCUGCGCAUUAUCGUGUUUGUGGUCAUUUGUUUCCUCAUUUUAUGGGGUCCGUCCUUUGUUAACAUUUCUGUGAGAUUUGUGACCAGGAAUGGGGUGAAGUUUAGAAAUGAAGCCACGAAUCUGUUCGCGACUAUGGCGCGAUUUAACGCGCUCAGCACGCCCGCGCUCUACAUCUGGGGCAGUCCAGCGUUGCGCGCGGCCGUCUGGAGCUCCGUGUGGAGUAAAAUAUUCAGAACAACAAGGUUGGACGUGAAGCCCAGCAAAGGAGAAAGAGUUCUGAGCAUUACGCGGAGCACCAGAGAAACAUGAACACUGCAGACUCCUCUGCUGCUGAAACAUUACAUUGAUCCGAGCCAUCA